CCCGAGCGCCCCAACUCUCGCGAUAAUGCCGCGAGAGUUUUUUUGUAUUGUUUUGUUUUUUUCCCCCCAGCGAAUGACCUCCCUCCCCAGUGAGCAGUUGAAAGUGAAGCGAUCGACAUCAUGUCUGAGCCAAUUCGAGUUCUGGUGACUGGUGCUGCAGGGCAGAUUGCUUAUUCGUUGUUGUUCAGCGUUGCUAAAGGUGAUGUCUUUGGUAAAGAUCAGCCAAUCACACUGCUCCUCCUGGAUAUUCCGCCCAUGAUGCCCGUCCUGGAAGGCGUUGUCAUGGAAUUGCAGGACUGCGCCCUUCCUCUUCUGAGAGAAAUCGUAGCCACCGACAAGGUCGAAGUGGCCUUCAAGGACUUGGAUGCCGCCAUCUUGGUGGGCUCAAUGCCCAGGAGGGAGGGCAUGGAGAGGAAGGACCUGCUCAAAGCCAAUGUGGCCAUUUUCGAGACCCAGGGGGCGGCCUUGAACAAGUACUCCAAGAAGACCGUCAAGGUUCUGGUGGUCGGAAACCCAGCCAACACUAACUGUCUGGUUGCAAUGAAGUCUGCCCCCUCCAUUCCCAAGGAGAACUUUUCGUGCCUCACCCGCCUCGACCAUAACAGGGCUCGCUCUCAGGUUGCGCUGUGCUGCAGCGUCCCCGCCACCCACGUCAAGAACGUGAUCAUCUGGGGCAACCACUCGUCCACGCAGUAUCCAGACGUGCACCACUGCACGGUCAACGUGUCCGGCAGCGAAGUGGCCUGCUUUGACGCCGUCAAGAACGAGGCCUGGCUCAAAGGAGACUUCAUCACUACGGUGCAGCAGAGAGGCGCCGCUGUCAUCAAGGCCAGGAAGCUGUCCAGCGCCAUGUCUGCAGCCAAGGCCAUCUGCGACCACAUGAGGGACAUCUGGUUCGGCACACCCGAAGGUGAGUUCAUCUCCAUGGGUGUGUACUCCGCAGGCAACACCUACAACGUCCCAAAUGACCUCAUGUACUCCUUCCCUGUCCAGAUCAAGAACAAGACCUGGAAAAUAGUGGAGGGCUUGGCCAUCAAUGACUUCUCCAAGGCCAAGAUGGAGGCCACGGCCAAAGAGCUAAUAGACGAGAGAGACACAGCUAUGGAAUUCCUGGCCAAGUGACUACGUGUAGACGCCCGCCUGUGACAAAAACACUCCUUUUCAAUGUCCUUGGAUUCCUCGUGUGUCUGUUAAAAGAUGUAGAGUGUGUUUUGUUAAGCAGACGUGUAGGUUUUAAAGGUCACAACAAGCACAAGAGCUUCACUUGGGUUUUUUUUGGGUUCUCCAACUAUCUGUCUAACACUUUCUUUUAUCAUGAAUAACUACACUCCAAGAAGCACUCCAAUGUGAGCGUUAAGUCUACAUAAUUAGUCACCUGAAGCAAGGUCAUUUCAUUUUGUCGUGUCGUUGAGGGGUGUUUGAAAAAACUUGAAUUAACCAUUCAUGCUGUCACAAUAAAAGACUUGAAACAUA